CUUUCCUCUCUCUUUUAUUUAAAAUUAAAAAUCUUUUUUUCUCUCUCUCUCUCUCCCCCCCCUCUCUCUGUAGAAAAAAAAAUCCCAUCCCUUCUCUCUCUGCUCUAAAUCUAUGGACCCUUCUCUCUCUAUAUCUAUAGAUCCAAUUCCACCUCCGCCGCUCUUUCCUUUUGCCCCAUCCUCCGUCUUCCCUGCCGCUUCCGCCGCCGCUGCCACCGCCGCUGUUCACAACCACUUUGCUCAGCAACAGCCGCCCGUCCCUCCUCCCGUCAACCACCCACCCUAUGAUGACAUGAUAUAUUCCGCGAUUGCGGCUUUGAAGGAGAAAGAUGGCUCUAGUAAGAGGGCGAUAGCCAAGUACAUAGAGCGAGUUUACUCGGACCUUCCGCCUACUCACUCCACUUUGUUGACUCAUCACCUUCAGCGCUUGAAGACAACUGGUAGGAUUGUGAUGGUGAAAAAAUCUUACAAGCUUCCCAAUUCCAGUGCUUCUGCUUCUGGCACUGCUGCUGCUGUUGCUCCUAGAUCUGACAUGCCCAAUAACACCUCCACUCAUCAGCAAGUGCUGCCUGCUACUGCUGCUGCUGCUGCUUCUUCUUCUGGGCCUAAGAGGGGACGUGGAAGACCCCCUAAGCCCAAGCCUGAUUUCCAGCUUCCUUCUCAGCCCAAUGACAUGCCCAAUGUCGAAUCCGGCUCCCAACCCGUUUUGGCUGCACUUGGUCUUGUCCAGGACGCCGAUCCGGCAAAAGGAAGCCCUGUUCCUCCUCCAAAGACACUGUCUGUGGAAGGUGGUAGUGCGAAGCGCCGGGGUCGGCCACCAAAGAGUGGUUCAGGGAAACCCAGGAAGCCCAAGUCUGUGGCUCAAGCCUCUCUGGUAGGCUCUGCUGGACUCAAGAGGGGUCGUGGUCGUCCCAGGGUGCAGCAUAUGGGGUCUCCAUUUAGACCACGGGGACGGCCGAGGAAGGUCGGGGCUGAAGCCAUCGGUCUCGCUGGAGGAGUGAUGCCGGGAAAGCGGCGUGGACGGCCACCGAAGAUUGGCGGGGUUAUUAGCAGGCCCAUGAAGCCGAAGAGAGGUAUUGGUAGGCCUGUGGGUCGGCCUAGGAAGGAUGUGUCCUGGGCUUCUGAUGCUGGAGCUGCCUAUGGAGAACUGAAGAGAAAGCUCGAAUUCUUUCAAUCGAGAGUGAUGCAAGCAGUCAGUGUGCUGAAGCCUCAGCUGUCCAGUGAAAACUAUGGUGUAGUAGCAGCAAUUCAAGAGUUAGAAGGGCUUGCAGCUAUGGACAUUAAUAUACCGAUGGAAGAGGUACCUCCACAGCAACCGCAACCACUAGCACAUGCACAGGCACAGGCACAGCCACAACUUCAGCCACAAUUGGAACAGGAGCUGUACCUGCAGCAGGCUCAAGGUGUCCAUAAUUAAGGGCAAGUGACUUCUGAUUAAUGUUAAUGUGGUUCUUGAUGCUUUUAGGAAGCUUAUGGUGAGAAUUAUAGGUUAGUAGAACUGUAGAAGUUUCUGACUAACCAAGGUACACAGGGAACUUAUGUGUAAAGGGAAUAGGAUGAUGCAAAACUAAUUGUCGUUAUCGGUGUUUGUUGUUUGUGAAAUUUUACAAUCAUGCUUUUUCUGUACUCAUUUUCUCAUUGUCAAUUCAAUUCGAUCCUUGUCGAUUGACCCA